CAGCAGCAUACUAUAAUAAUGAACAAUAUGGAAAUUGUUCAGGAUACAAAAAACUGGAUCAGGUUAGAAUCUCGAGGAAUGACUCGCACAACUGAAGUUGAUUUGGCCAUUGCAAUAACAAGCAAUGUCAAAUCAAGGAUAGGAGAUCAUAUUUCAAGUAAGGAUAUUCUAGGAAUCCAGUAUUAUGACAAAGAAUACAUCAUAUACACGAAUGGUUCUAAAACAAAAGAUACUAUUUUGUCAAUGGGAUUUCUGUCAUUUCAAGACAAGCAAUUCUCAUUGGAGGAUUAUCACACGACUGCAUCGAUUUUGCUAUGCGAGCAAAAUUAAUGUCGACCAACCGAGAUAUUCAUCACAUGGAAUGCCUAGCCCACUUGAUUCUUCUAAGUUAAUAGACUUUACCGUUACGUUAUACUAUGACAACCAGCCUAUCAACUGUAAACUGUGCUUCAAUUUGGAUCACGAAACUCACGAGUGUCCUAAUAAAGGUGGAGUACGGUGUUUUCGUUGCGGGGAACAGGGGCACCGAAAAAUGGAUUGCCCUAUGACAGAACGGCCUCAACAAGCUUGUUUUCAAUGUGGUAAGACUGACCACAGGAAAAAGGACUGCCCUUAUUCCAGGGAUAAACCCCCUCAGCUAUGUUGGGAUUGUGGUGUCCCCGGUCACAAAAGAAACUCUCAGGAUUGUCAAAAAUCCCAUUUGCACAAUAAGCCUUCUGAUUCCACAACCUCAGACGUAGAGAUACAGGAAAAUGUUGGUAUAUCUGCCCCAAAGCUUGUCAGGGAGCUUCUAGAUCUUGCGAUGCAAGACUCAUCCGAUGAUGUGCAGAUCCUUGAGGAAAAACUGCUUGAUAAGGUUGAUGUUUUCUUAUCUGCCCAUAAUCAAGA